GUUCAGUGAGACCCACUUCCACCAACAUCAAACGACGAUGAGAUCAUUCAGCUCUUGACUCCAUGAACAAAAAGAUCGCAGGUCAAUUACAAUUGAGCUUCUCAUUCAACACCUCUGACACCAUGUCUUCCCCCCAGAGACUCGGUCUUGGCAUCAUUGGCGCCGGUGAGGUCUUCCAAGUCUGCCACGGGCCUUGUCUCUUGCUUCUCUCGCAUCUGUUCAAGAUUGAAUCUAUCUGCGAUCUCUCUCCUACCACGACAGAGCACUGUGCAACAAAGUUCAAUGUCCCGCACAAAACCACCAUCCCGCAAGAGGUGAUUGACAACCCCAACGUCGACACAGUCUUCAUCCUCACCUCGGAUGAAAGCCAUGCCCCGCUAGCCAUUGCCAGUCUCAAAGCGGGCAAGAACGUCUUCAUCGAGAAGCCGGUAUCCCUGUCUCUUCCCUCGAUACAAUCGAUCAUUGAUGCCGAGAAGAAUGCACCUGGCGGUGCCCGGGUCUUCGUGGGCUAUAUGCGUCGCUACGCCCCAAGCUUCCUGCAAGCCUUUAAGCGAGAGAUCGCCACUAUUCCAAAAAUUCUAUACGCACGGGUACGCGACUUCAGUGGACCUAAUGCGCAGUUCGUCAAUCAGAGUGGUACAUUCCAAGUCAAGAAUUCUGAUUACCCUGCUGGGGCGGCAGAGGAGCGUGAUGCACGCUUGGAAGCGCUGUAUGCAGAGGCAUUCCCAAACCAGGAGAUCACGGAUGAAAUGCGCAAGUUUUGCCGCUUCCUUGGUAGCCUCGGGUCUCAUGAUAUUUCUCUCAUGCGUGAAGUCCUUGGUUUCCCUGAGAAGGUCGUUGGUGUAUCUGCCAAUGAUCCCUUCUACAGCGCUAUUAUGACGUUCCGCAAUCAAGAUGGAUCAAGCUAUUCGACCACUUAUGAGAGUGGUAUUGACGGGGUUCCGGUCUUUGAUGCCCAUAUUGCUGUUUACGGAGCUAACAAGAGAGUGACGAUCAAGUAUGAUAGUCCCUACGUCAAAGGGCUGCCCAUUCAUGUUGAGGUGGAGGAGCCGAACGAGCACGGCGAGAUUCAGCGGCGUACUAUGCUGUCUUCGUACGAGGAUGCUUAUACAGCCGAGCUGCAGGAAAUGUAUGAAGCUUUCAUGCAUGGCAAAGCCAUCAAGUCAACCGUUCAAGAUGCCCAGAAGGAUCUGGAGAUCUAUGAUAUGAUGUACAAGAGCUGGAGCGGGAACUAGGCGUUUGACAGAGCUUUUUGCAUCUAAAUUCAUCUGCAGAUCCAAUUGAAGAUGACAAUCUUACUUCCUCAGGCUCUCUAUUGAACUAUCUUUUCUCCAUCU